AUGGAGGAUCACGAAAGUGUCGAAAAGGCGGCCCAAAACCAGCAAUUUCAUAUUCCGCAAGUCGUAUAUGUCUGCGCAGCGAUCGAGUUGCUAACAACACCCGGUGGCUCUCUCUGUGUUGUUUCGUAUGUUAGAUUGAUAGAGAGCGCAGUUUGUCAAAGAUAUUAUGGCGUGGGCACUUUCGUAGCAGAAGUUCUAUGCAAAGGCGACGCAGUCCAGAGUUAUAUGGCCUAUCUCAUGGGCACCAUGUCUUCUUUCUCCUCCCUGCCAACACUUUUGCUUACACUUCCGUAUGGGAUAUUGGCCGAGCACGUUGAUCGUAGAGCUAUAUUGCUGGUCAACUUUGUAUCUACUAUUAUCUCUAUACUUUAUGUCAUUGCAAUCUGUUAUUACCCCAGCAUUGAUUUGAAAUUGCUCUGGCUGUCUGGUCUUUUUGACAUCGCUGGCGGUGGUUCGUCCGUGUCGACGGUGCUCGUUCGGUCUAUGAUGGCAGAGUGUGUCCCUAGCUCUGCCUUGAGCACAUUAUUCUACAGAUUGUCUGCGAUUAGCAUGAUUGUUCGACUUGUUGGUACAUCCUUUGGAUCUUGGCUUCUGCAGAACGGUGCUGCCUCGACGAUGUUGGUUGGAACAUCAUCAAAGCAUCCUUCGCCAGACUUGGAAUACACCGUGUGCGAGCAGAGCGAGUCAAUCAAGCUGUCAACCAAAACAAUUGGAGAAUCUGGAUCUGGUUUUGAACAACACCGUCCAAAGGCUUCUGUUUUCCAUGCGUUGGUGCAGUCACUCGGAUCAUACAAGCGACUCAUCCUUCAUAGCAAACCCUUUGUCAUGUGCCUAGCAAUCAUGUUUAUCAACACCGUGGCUCUUGAUUCCAGAGCGCUCUUGCAUCCUUGGCUAAGCAAAAGAUACAACUGGGACCUCGCCACAACUGGAUAUAUACUAUCAGUCGAGUCACUCCUUGGGAUCUCGAUCCUUCUGGUCCUUCAAUUCAUCAGUUCUCGUUCUUCGUCCAUGACUUUUCGGCAAAAGCGAGGACACGAGCUUCGAGUGGCAAAGAUGAGUCUGAUCUGCGCGAUUCUUGGCUCUGUUCUCUUGGGCUUUUCUGAGUCAUGA